AAGUAGCACAACUAGCUGUUGUGUACAUAUACAAGGAGAAGCGUCAACAUGUUCCAAGUGAGAAAGAAGUCGAGUCAUAUAGCUAGUUCCAAACUCAAAGCUAACUAAGCAAUGGCCGGCCAUGAUUACAGCUACAGAUCAGGUUACUCUACCGGCAACGGGGUAGGAUCGUAUACUGACCAAUGGGGCCAAACAAGGCAUGGCUCUCCUCCACUUGUUGAGCCAGUGAGAAAUUACGGCUAUGCUGCUGAUGACAAUUGGCGUAGGCCUCCAAGCCCACCACGACACGCCAUUGAUGGCUUCCACACCAGAAUCCACACUGAUGCUAGCCGUGAUCCUAGGGUUGGACCCUUCAAUGGCAUUACCUGGGGCCAACAACCCAAUCAAAUUGGAUACAAUGGAACUACGGGCUAUGGUGGCUAUAGUGACUACAGCAACAACACAUUGUACAAGCCUAAUGGAAACACCAUUCGGAAUGAUAACUAUGACGACUACCACCACAACCGCAAACAUGAUAGUGUCAUGGGGCCAAUCAAUCUGACAUCACACGGUGGCUACCACGGUAAGUCAAGCCAUUCAACAUGGACUUCUACACUUCCGGUUCGUGGUGAUGGAAGACUCAGCAUUCCAACAGAUGACAUGGAGAGGGCCCUGCACUACUUGAAGGAGAGUGCAAAGUCUUCAGCAUGGCCAAGAACAACAUGACAAAUUCACGCAACUAAUGUCUGAUGCUAAUUAAGGCUUGGUGCUUUAUGCUUCAGCUUGGCUUUUCUUGGGUCAUUUUCAUCCGUUGGUCUGGUCUAACCUAACUACUCUAUCUGUUUUCUGUUAUCUGCAUCUGUUUAGCUGUAUUGUAAUACAUUGAGGUGCACUCUUUGUAACCUGUGCUGAUGAUGGCACGUUUGCUUUGUGAAAUUAGAAAUAAAAUAAGCUUUUCAGCAACUAA